GAUAACUAUUCUACCACAUGGGAGUCUACGAAUUCUGAACGCUUCCAAGUCUGAUGAAGGACGGUACUUAUGCCAAGGUGUAAAUGUAUUUGGAUCUGCAGAAAUCAUUGCAUCAAUAUCUGUUAAAGAACCUACAAGAAUAGAGCUGACUCCCAAGAAGAUAGAGUUAACGGUUGGAGAGAGCAUUGUCCUCAGUUGCAAAGCCCUUCAUGACAGCACACUUGAUGUCACUUUCUAUUGGACUCUCAAUGGGCAGCCAAUUGACUUUGAAAAAGAAGGUGGACAUUUUGAAAGCAUCAAGGCACAAGCAUCCUCUGCAGAUUUGAUGAUCAGGAACAUCCUCCUGAUGCACGCUGGGAGAUACGGUUGCAGGGUCCAGACUGCAGCGGAUACCGUGUCGGAUGAGACGGAGCUGCUUGUUAGGGGUCCUCCUGGUCCCCCAGGGGUUGUAAUAGUGGAGGAAAUUACAGACACCACAGCAACACUCUCCUGGAGUCCUGGGGCAGACAAUCACAGCCCUAUCUCCCUCUACAACCUGCAAGCACGCAGUCCAUUUUCUCUUGGCUGGCAGAGCGUAAGAACAGUUCCAGAUCUGAUCAGUGGUGACAUGGAGUCUGCGAUGGCUGUGGAACUGAACCCUUGGGUGGAGUAUGAGUUCAGAGUAGUAGCAAUGAAUAAAAUUGGGACUGGAGACCCAAGUGCACCAUCACGAGUGAUCAGAACAAAUGAAGCAGUUCCAAAGACACCUCCAGCUAAUGUAAGUGGCAGAAGUGGAAGGCGACAUGAAUUAGUAAUAGCAUGGGAGCCGGUGUCAGAAGAGUUUCAGAGUGGAGAGGGAUUUGGAUAUAUUGUAGCCUUCAGGCCAAAUGGAACUCGUGGCUGGAAGGAAAAAAUGGUGACAUCUUCAGAUGCCUCAAAGUUCAUCUACAGAGAUGAAAGUGUGCCACCUCUGACUCCUUUUGAGGUGAAAGUUGGUGUUUACAACAACAAAGGAGAUGGUCCAUUCAGCCCUAUUGUUGUCAUCUGCUCAGCCGAAGGAGAACCCACUGCUGCUCCCAUCGAUGUCAAAGCUACGAGUUUGUCUGUAUCAGAGAUUCUUGUUGCGUGGAAACAUAUUAAAGAAAGUCUAGGAAGACCACAGGGAUUUGAGGUUGGAUACUGGAAGGACAUGGAGAAGGAAGAAGCAGCAGAAAAGGUCAAAACGGAGGGAAAUGAGUCAUCCAUCCUCCUGACAGGAUUAGAAGGAAACACGUUAUAUCACCUAACAGUGAGGGCGUACAAUGCUGCAGGGUAUGGACCACCUAGCACUGCUGUGCAUGCAACAACCAAGAAAUCCCCUCCCAGCCAAGCUCCAGGCAAUAUUAUGUGGAUACAGGAUGGCUCACAUGUGUCUCUUGGGUGGGAGCCAGUCAGACCUCUAGCUAAUGAAUCUGAUGUAAUGGGAUACAAGGUUUUAUUUCGGCAAGAAGGCCAGAGCAACAGUCAAGUUAUAGAAACAGAGAAAACCUCUGCGGUGGUACUUCUUCCUGAUGUUGGUGUCUACAUCAUUGAGGUCUGUGCAGUUAGUGAAGGAGGGGAUGGGACUGCAAGUCCCCAGAUCAGAGUUCCAUCUUUUUCAGGAGGGAAAGUAACAAGUGCUCAAUCCACCUUACAUGUGUUGUCUACUUCCUCGUCCUCUGUAACAUUGCUUUUGGCACUGAUGGUACCUUUGACGUCAUGGUGAAGGUUGCAGACUUUAUUGUUAUUUCUUUGCUUUAACUUAAUGACACCAAGGGGUGGAGUUUUAUGUCUGUGGAGAAACUGGAAACGUGAGCUACUGCUUAAAGAACCAUAGAAAUGCCUGUGGUGCACCUAGAGGAGUGUUGGAGACACGGUCAAUAAUUCAUUAGGUUUUUAUCUCUUCUUUAUUUGUAAUAGUCCUCUAGGGAGGAGACCCUUUUUGCCCAAAAAUAUGCAGAUUGUAUGUAAUAAACUUUUGUAAGCAAAG